UGGUGUAAAAGGACAAAAUGCCGGUUCUCACAAGCCCAGAAAUUGCCAGCAAGUUUGCGGGAAAAUGGAUGGAUCAAACGAUGAGCGGUCCAGAGUGUGCGCCCCAGGACGACAGCCUCACUAGUCUUCACUGGCUUCAGAAUUUCUCCAUCCUGAGCGCAGAUCCGGAGCGGACUAAUACGUGCGGGUCAAUCCAACAGCAGCAGUAUCUGAAGCGUUUUGGUUUUCCUAAAGGCGGCUCCGACUCACCGUCCAGCCCUCCCGCAGGAGACACAGCUGCGACGGGGAUGCCUCUGUACCUGGGCAGUCCCGUGAUGUCCGGGUCAGACUCCUCCAUGACGCACCGAUUCACCAGUUGCGCACGGAACGGUUUCCCUCCCCAAGACAGUCCACAGGUGGAAGUGGACUACAAGACCAACCACAAAGUCAAGCCUCCUUACUCAUACGCAUCCCUGAUCUGUAUGGCCAUGCAAGCGAGCAAGCAGCCCAAAGUGACCCUGUCCACCAUCUACAACUGGAUCACAGACAACUUCUGCUACUACCGCCACGCAGAGCCCAGCUGGCAGAACUCCAUUCGCCACAACCUGUCCCUCAACAAGUGCUUCAAGAAAGUCCCCAGGCAGAAGGAUGAACCAGGAAAAGGAGGCUUCUGGCAAAUCGACCCGCAGUACGCCGACAUGUUUGUCAACGGCAUCUUCAAGCGUCGAAGGAUGUCUGCUAACCACUACAGCAAUAGCGCCAACAGACAAAACAAACUGGGUUAUCCUCAGAACGGCUGCCCAUACCAGACGAGCAAAAGAAAGCAGCUCCCAAACAAGAACAAGGCGACCAGAGCGGGCGAGUCUCCCCUGUUGGCGACACAGGCCCUGCGUGGGGACUUUGAUCUGACCUCCAUGUUUGAUGACGUCCUCAGCGGAAACUGUAGCACCUUCGAGGAUUUGGACAUCAACACGGCACUCAGCUCCCUCGGGUGCGACUUGGAGGUUUCCGUUCAGAGCAGGCAGGGCUUAGGGAGAUGGGACCAAAUGAUGGGCCAGGGCCAACAUCUAAACCACCAUCAGUCCUACACGGGUUAUGUAGAUGUUCCAACUAUGGAAUGUGUCAUGGGGAACAAUAACAUGGUGGAUCUUCACCACCUCCACCAACAGCAGAUAGAACAAGAUCAUCUGCUCCAGAAUCAGCAUCCACAUUUGCAGCAGUACGAUGAGGCUGCGGCACUGUUUUCGGAGCGACCAGAGGGGGCGGUACUUCAGCCGUGGGAGGAGAUCAAAGAGGAGGAGCAACCUAUUCCCCUGACUCUAGACCAGAGCUUCGGGUUGUGUGAAGGCUUUUUCACAGAGAUGCAGCCCUGGCAAAAUGUAGAAGUUUACCUGUGAACUUUGAUAUCACCUGGACCCAUUUUGGACAGUUAUGUGGGACUAAGAGGCUGAUCUACAACAGACCACAGUUCAGAAAAGUUGGAACCCCAUACAUACUUCACACUACAAAUAAUAAAAGACAAAACAUUUUUAAGUC